AUGGCGCUGCCACUACCAGACGGGUCCUACCCUACCAGUUGUCCCACACUCCCAAAUUCACCUGGUAGUUCUUCUAGUAGCCAGUCAAUUUUGUGGGAGAACAAGAAUAGCUACGUUAGCUCCUCUCCUCGCAGCCGCCGCCGCCGCCCGCCCGCCCCGGCUUCCUGCCGCCGCGCCGCCGCCGCCGCCGCCUCUUCCUCGUCGCCUGCCCCAUCCCGCCGACCACCGCUCGACCGCCGCCUCCGUCCAGCCGCCCGCGCCCGGCCGUCGCCCCCGUCCCGCCUCACGCGCCCGGUCGCCGCCCCCGCCGGUUGCCUCCCGCGCCCGGGCCGCUGCCGGCGCACCGUCGGCCGUCUCCGCCUCGUCCGGCCGCCCGACUCCGCCCGCCCCGGCUUUCCCUCGUCCGGCCGCCCGCCUCAUCUCCGCUGCCACCGCUGCGACCGGUGCUCCGCCCCGUCCGCCGCCCGUCUCCGCCCCAUCCGGCCGCCGUCCCGCGCCCGGCCUCUCCCCCUCCCGCCGGGCCGCCCCGCCGCCAGGCCGUCCCGCGCCCGGCCUCUCCCCUCCGCCGGGCCGCCCCGCCGCCAGGCCGUCCCGCGCCCGGCCUCUCCCUUCCGCCGGGCCGCCCCGCCGCCAGGCCGUCCCGCGUCUGCUACUGUUUUUCGGUCGGGAGUUGACCCGAUCUCAUCUCUAAAAAAAACUAUGUCUUCCUCGUCGGGCUAUCUUGCGAUUCCUCGCUGCCCGGUCCUCUGUCCGCCGCGCCCCACUGCUCCUACGACGCCUAUUCCACCGACGCCUGUUGCCCUUGCCCCCGAUGCUACUAAGGAUGUCAAGGAUGCAGCCAAGAGUGCUGAUGACACUGCUCUGGCUGAGUAUGACCGGAAGGUUCAGGAGUAUUCUACUGCUGUUGCGACGUACCGGCUUGAUCUGACUGACUACACUCAGUGGAUAGAUGAGGAUGCUCGUGCUGCUGAUGUUCUCACUUCCAGUGUUCUGCCUGCUGAGUUCAUGGGUCUUCCCACUGUUGCUGCUCAGUGGGCUUUUUUCGUCAGUGCUAUCAGCCGUCUGGGGAUGCUCUUUACCUGUCUGUGGUUCGCUAGGAGCAUGCUCUUCAGCAGGGUGAUUCCACUAUUGAUUAUUCUAUACUCAGAGUGCUGCUAUCUGGCGUCAGCUUAA